GCCAGCGAUGUGACGUCAGCGCGGACGUAUGAUACUGGACAACAUGGAGUUGUUGCUGCUUGACCGCAAUGCUCCAGUCAACAACAACAGCAGCGUCGGCGGCGGCGGCAAAGAGGGGGACAGCGAAAAGGGCGGCGCCCCCACGGGAGCAGGCGGCGUGGAGCUCACGGAGGUGAAAGUGUCCAUCACGGACGAGAAACAGUGUGGGAUUUUCACGUUCUCUGGUCAAACUGGAUCCUGUAGCGAACCAGCUGAAGCGGCGGCAUGCGUCCUUACUAAAGCAGGUUCGAAACACGGCCACACCAGCAACACUGACCUGAAAACCAAAUGCCUUCGUUUAGACCCCUCGGCGCUGUGCUCACCCCCGCCGCCUAAAGACAACGCCCCUUACACCCCGGACGCCCCCGGGUCGAGCAUGGCGCCCCAGGGAUCAUGGAACACACCUGCUUCAGCCAAUCGCGGGUUGUUUGGUUCGGUCGACUCUGGGGGAGGGGGCACCAGCAGCGGGGCCCCCUUUGGGGGUGGGGACGCCGACCCUGAAGAGGCUGACCCUCGGAUAUUCAUGGGCGCCUCCCGCCGCCUGCUGGACGAUUCCUUCACCGUGAGGGUCAAGCGGAAGAGCAUGAACUCGUCCGUACAGGUCAAGGUGUACAACUUCUUGGAGAGACCCACGGGCUGGAAGUGUUUUAUUUACCAUUUCACUGUGUUCAUGAUGGUUCUCAUCUGUCUUAUAUUCAGUGUCUUGUCUACCAUUGACCAAUACACAGACUUCGCUGACCAGACCUUGUUUUGGAUGGAAAUUGUGUUGGUUGUGUUUUUUGGCCUGGAAUAUUUGAUACGCCUCUGGUCCGCGGGCUGCAGGAGCAAAUACAUGGGCUUUAAGGGCCGCUUACGGUUUGCCAGGAAACCCAUCUCUAUUAUAGAUUUCACCGUUGUGGUCGCGUCCAUUGUGGUACUGUCUGUUGGCUCAAAUGGUCAAGUGUUUGCGACAUCAGCCAUCAGGGGUGUCCGUUUCUUGCAGAUCCUCCGUAUGUUACACGUUGAUCGUCAGGGCGGAACCUGGAGGCUUCUAGGCUCGGUAGUCUACAUACACCGACAGGAACUGAUCACAACCCUGUACAUUGGGUUCCUCGGUCUCAUAUUCUCUUCCUAUUUCGUCUACCUCGCUGAGAAAGACAACGGAGAGGAUUUCACCAGCUAUGCUGACGCCCUCUGGUGGGGAGUGAUCACUGUGACGACGAUCGGCUAUGGCGACACAGUCCCCAGAACCUGGAUGGGGAGAAUCGUAGCCUCCUGCUUCUCCGUCUUCGCCAUUUCUUUCUUCGCCUUACCCGCGGGAAUCCUGGGCUCUGGAUUUGCCUUGAAGGUGCAGCAGAAGCAGCGACAGAAACAUUUCAACAGACAGAUUCCAACAGCAGCCUCGCUGAUACAGUGUCUGUGGCGGUGCCAUGCAGCCGAGCCCAGCUUCAACUCAACAGCCACAUGGAAAAUUCACAUUCAAGAAAAGAAUUAUAAACUAGUCAUGAAUCAUUCUUCUUCCUCGUCCGCGCUGUCUAGGAUGGCGAGGAAGGCGAGUCUACUGAAGAAGCGACGAAGUGUCCGAAACUCGAUGGGCAGCGGUCUGGAGAGGCAGGAGAGCAUGACGUCAUUGACGGGACAGGAUAUGAACAAUCAGCACCGCACUCCAGGAACGCCUUCAAAAACAUCCACGGGGAAGACCUCGUUGGAGAUGGGGGAGGAAGAUGACUAUGAUGACGUCAUCUACAAGCCCGAGCAGUUAACAGACGGCCACAAAGCCAUGAUACGGGUGAUUAGACGAAUCAAAUUUUUUGUGGCAAGGAGGAAAUUCCAGCAAGCUCGUAAGCCUUAUGAUGUGAGAGAUGUUAUAGAACAGUACUCACAAGGUCACCUAAAUAUGAUGGUGAGAAUCAAGGAACUGCAGAGAAGACUAGAUCAAACCAUUGGCAAGCCAGCCUAUCAUGGUAACAUAAGAGACAAGGAGAAGCUUACUCUGUGUUCCAGAAUAGGCAGAGUGGAAACACAGAUAAACAAGAUGGAUCUUAAGCUGGACCAGACUAUAGUCUUGCUGAACAUACUAGUCAGGCAACAACAACAACAACAAAAACAACAACAGACAAAUGCCUCACAACAUAACAGUCCUGAAUGUGCCGAAAAUUCCUAGCGAUUUGUAUUAAAUGCAUUAUGUUGUUGCUUAUGUAAUUAUAUUGUUACAUUUUUUUUCCACAUAAUUCACUAUUACAUAAUUUAUUUCAGAUUUGAAUAAUAUUCUGAAAUGUUUUUUAGACUGCAUAAAACCACAAAAAAACCUAUAGUUAAUUGAAGUCAGUAUAUUACAUUUUCAGAUUUUUAAUGUUUUUACUGGAAAUAUGAUUCCAAUAAUACAAAGUAAACACAAUUUUCGUAGACAAUCUAUAAGUUUUGAAAUACCAACUAUUUUUGGUAUCUGUACUGCAAUGCAAUUUUAACAGGACAUUCUUUAAAAAGCAAUUUUUUUUUAAAUAAUAAUUUUUUUUAAAGAGCUGAUAAUACUAUUACAAAGAAAUGUACUCUAUUUUAAAAGAAUUUUGAAAUAUUACCAAAAAAGAUUCCAAUUUGCCUAUUAUUUUGUUAAUGUGUUACUUUUCAUUUAUGUGUUUUACCUUUUAUUUUGUUUUGUAUAUAAAACAUGCAUUUAUAGCUUUAUUCCCCACUGAAGGUUUUAAGUCAACACUGCUUGUUUUCUACAUCUCUGUGAUAUCUAGUCAUAUUGUUCAUGUUUUUUUUUUGUUGCUGAGAUUAUGAUUUCGGUGAACUUUUUCCUCCUUUUUUCUUUCUAAGAUCCUCAAAGCUGUGAUAGGCUAUUUGUACAGAUAUAAAUAUUAGUUGUGGAAUGUUAAAGUUAUAGAUGGUAUUGAUUAACAAGAGUAAUGAAAAAUAUGUAUAUAUGUAAUAUAAAUAGCAUACUGCAAUUUGUGUCUAAAAUGACAUGUAAUAAAUAAUUAGAAAUAUGGAAGUUUAAUAUGAAUAUGUGCUAUAGUAAAGAUGUCAUUAACAACUCAGUAAUGUAUACUCAAACAAGCAGAUUGCUUAGUCUAUAGUUUUGAGUUCAAUUAAGAUGCAAUAUCUCACACUAAAUGCCUAUUGCCAUAGUCUAAAAUAAGACUUCAUCUUUUUACAAUUCAUCUAAAAAACAUGUCACUAUUGCAGUAACAUGAAAUUGUGUUAUAUUUUGGCUUAGGUUUAAGUGUAGCCUUUCCCAGUCAGUGGGGUA